CUUCUUGCCUUUACGUUGAUAGAUGUUUUUAUAUCCAAAAUAAUCACGUCAAAAUGUAAUGUGCGAACUUGGUCUGAAGCAAUUCCAUCAUAUAGAAUCACAAUCAAGCCAAUAUUUUCUACUUUUAAUUUCAAACAAGAUCUUUCAUAAAUGCUUCUUGAGUAUUUUCUUACUGCUUUGAUUGUGUUGCAUGAACACUGAUGUCUUUGGAAGAAACAGGAGAAGAACUAUCAACUCGGAGUUCCAAGGCAGCUGAAGUCAUUCAACGAGCAUGGCGAAGACACAUCGACAUCCAAGUGUACAAAUACUACCGGGAUCUCAUCACUUUCAAGUGCCAAGGAGAUCCUGCACAGAUGUUACGCUGCAUUAACCCCAUCGAGGCACAGCUGCUGGAUGCUGCCUCUGGCGCUUUCGUGCGAUUCCGACUGGCGGGGGAAAAGUUCCCUCCCAACAUCUACUACAAAGUGUUCACGAAGAGUCCGGUGAUAGACAUGUGUGCGAACAGUCCCAAGAACUACGUCAAGCAAUCCAGCCUCAAGGUAGCGGCCAGGGAACACAACAACAAAGUCCAGGGCGACGAGGAGUUGAAGGCCAAAGAUCCAAAAGGAACGCAUGAUUGGUACAAGAGAUUUGAGAACAAUGGUUGGCGACUCAUUACAGAUCGGCACAUUCACAAUGGGGACUCUGACCGCACAACUUACGAGACGUCUCGCAAACUGUACAAACAACACCACGAUGGUCUGCUGAAGAUAGAGGACGUGAAGAGGAGGAGGAAAGAGAAGAAGAUCAGAUGGCUGAAGAAACUCUACGACCACAAAAUGCUCAAGUGCAAAGACGAAAACGACCAGUACAAAAGUGAUCAAGUGAUGAGUUUGGCCGAACAGAUGAUAGACUGUGUGGAGGGCAGUGGUGACGCGAAGGGGGACUCCUCCUCCAACCCCUAUUUUCCCUCCCCCUACUCCAAAAUAGACGAGUACGAUGAGUGGGAAGUAGAUGAAUUGCUGGGUUGGACCAAUGCACUCAACUUCGACGAUUAUCUGGAUGAUUGGAGAACGAUAGCUAGCACCACUUCAGCCAUCGAAAACCGUGAGAGAGAUACCCCCGUUGGAAACAGGAGGAAAGUGAUCGAAAGCGAGAUAGCAGAGUUCACAGUACAGAGAGAAACGAAGUUGCAGAACAACACCCAUCCAGAACAUGCCUCCCACCAAUUCCUCUCAUCCGCUCAAACCUUCUCUUACACUGCUAAAAAUAACACUAAUCAAUCUUUUAACUUGUAGUCUAUUUAAACUACGGUUUAAUUUAAACUGUUGCAUUCUA